AUGGCGACCAGGAUUCCUUUCACUGAGUCACAAUGGGAAGAGCUUGAAAAUCAAGCUCUUGUGUUCAAAUACUUAGCUGCAAACGUUUCAGUUCCUCCUCAUCUCCUCUUCCUCAUCAAAAGACCCUUUCUCUUCUCUUCUUCUGCGUCCUCUGUGUCCUCUUCAUCUUCCAAUUUAUUUUCUCCACACUUUGGGUGGAAUGUGUACGAGAUGGGAAUGGGAAAAAAGAUAGAUGCAGAGCCAGGAAGAUGCAGAAGAACUGAUGGGAAGAAAUGGAGAUGCUCUAAAGACGCUUCUCCUGAAUCUAAGUACUGUGAAAGACAUAUGCACAGAGGCAAGAACCGUUCAUCAAGAAAGCCGCUUCCUCUUCCUUCUCCUCCUCCUCAAUUAUCUGUUCCUUCGACACCAAGUAUCUUUCUAGACUUUCCUCUCUCUUCUUCCAGGGUAAGAAGUAAAAGAACUGGAUACAUAGAUGAUUUCUUGUCCAUAGAGCCUUCCGGGUCAAUCAAAAGCUCCUCUGGCUUAGCAAUGGAAGAUGACGAUGGCUGUUGUAGAUAUAAGUCUCUGAAACAAAGGGAGAAGCAGCCUGAUCGAAGUUGCUUUAUCCUUGGCACUGAUUUAGGGACGCUUGAGAGUCCAUUAAUGGUCGAGGAGAAGCUGGGACAAAGAGAUGAUAAAGAUUAUGAAUUAGAAGAAGAGCAACGGAGUAAGAGAUUUUAUAAGUUUCUUGAUGAAUGGCCUUCUUCUAAGUCUUCUGUUUCCACCUCUCUCUUCAUUUGAUUAUCUUUUACUCUGUUGUUGUUGUCGUCAAAGCUGUGUUUCUUAUUUACUAAUGGAGUUUCUCUCGCUUUUGUUUCACUUAAAGUUCUUUUUG